CCUCCCAAUUCACCUAUUUAAGCCCUUAUUUGAGGAAAAUGAGUUUUAGAAAUGUUUAUUAACGUAUUUUAAUCCAUUUUGUGGGCUUUCGGGACUGUUUUCCAGGCAUAUUGUUAGAUACAUAUCGGGUAUUGAUCAUGAAUAAUUUGAUACCCAGUACCCCCUCUGAGUGAAUGGCAAAAGAGAUGACAAACUAGAGACCUCAAAAUUUUCUUCCUCAUAGCAUGUUCUAUUUGAGAGUCCACACUUAUCUUUAGAACAUUAGAUGUUAUGCGAUUUCUUUCUUAUUUCCUGUAUGUCUGCUGGGAAGAUUUGCAUGAUUGUUUUUUUCCCCUCUUCUACAUUUAUCACAUUUGCUUUUGCAGCCUGAAGAUUUUUGGUUUAGUGCACCAAGGAAAGGUAUCAUGGUCUUUGCUUUACCUGGGGAGCCUGGUCUGACAGAGUUGGCUGGUGACUUCAAAGUCCAUUUUCAUGACCGUCAAGGCGAUUUCUACUGUUGGUUGAACACAACAAUGGUGGAAAACAGGAAGAUUUUGAACACAUCAGAUCUUGAUGGUUUUGACAAGAGGAAACUGCCUUCCCCUGGGUUCCAGGUCGAGGUGGUGUUGAUAGAUUAUGAUGGUACGGUCCCGAUGAAGGUCAAAACCGAAACCGUCAGCAAGGAAUCAGAUAGAAUCUCAGGCACUGCUGCCAUGGCUGAUGGUCCUACUACUCGGCCUUCGGACCCAAGUAAAGGCUCUGCUAGCAAUGACAAGGACGAUGUUUUCUCGGACAGUGAAGCAGAGGGCGGGUCUGUCAAGAGCCGACAAGCUCGAGAGGCAACUGCUGCGAGAGGGACCGCUGAUGCUGGUGGGGGAUCUAAAACAGAGAAACCAAAGGAGGAAAUGGCGAGCGUAACUCAUGGCGUUGAACAAGUUUCUCUAAGAAGUGAAGGAGCGAAAGAGAACCCCAACACCAGUGAAAUGAAAAUUGAAGGCGCUAGUGGGGCUGCCUCGUUUGAGGUCCCGAAAUCGGAUUUGUCGGGAGUGAGUGAAUUCAAGGCAAUCGCUGCAGAUGCUUCUGUUUUUACUUUCGGCGAUGAAGAAGACUUCGAAAGCGAAUGAGCGGGGGAUGGCAUUGGCAUUUUAUGGUUGUCACAA